AUGGCGAGGUCGUUGUCCGUCAGGCCAACGUCCUUGCCAGCUGCUACAUUGUCGACACCGCCGGCCUCCUCAAGGGCCUCCACUACUGCACUACCGGGGCUACCGGGGCAGAGUGGUAUUCCUGAGGUCCCCUCCUCAGGAAUACCAUCCCCGCCCUCAAGCCCCCCCCUCGCCGCCAUCACGGCCUCGAACGAGCUGGCCCUGCUGCCCAAGACCAGGAAGCGCGGCAGCGCCAGCAGCAGCAGCAGCAGCAAGAGGUCCCGACGAGGGGGGGCAGCACUUUCAAUCAGGGAAGAAUGUGAGAGAUUCUUUUGCGAGCGCAUGUCGGCCGUGUUCCAGGGUGAGCGGAACCCGGAUUCGAAAGCCUCGGGCCUGAUGGGGGUUCACGCGCUGCUACCGACGCCGCCCAACGACAACCCGGACGCCAGCUACUUUGGCGGCAGGGACGCCUUCGCCGCCGCCAAAGCACACUCCGGGGGUCCCAGCGCCACGAACGACGUUUGCCGGUUCCCGGCACGGUCGUCACGGCCUGGCUCGAAGAUCUUGGGGACUUUUGCCGGGCGGCGUCCAGCUUUCCGCGCCUUUUGUGGGGAGACGACCGGCCUUGAAAAGGGCCCCUGUUCGUCUUCUUCGAUGGCAACUCUCAUGGCUCUCAUCGAGUUGGCCGACACGCCGCUCGAAUGCCAGCACCUGGUGGUCUGCCUCGACCGCCGCAUCGAAGAGCGCGAUGCCAAGAGUCUCAUGAAGAGCCUCCAGUGGGUCGGCUUCGAGCUCACAACGCUCGACAACUGGGCCAAGGACCUCGACGUCACGAGCAAGGAAUGGCUCUUCAUGGCCAUGGAGCUGUAG